GCGGCGCGAAAUCUAAAUUUCCAUAUCAAUUCGAUAUUCUUAGCUCCAUCAUCGUUCAGAUUGUUGGAAAUUUUGUUUAUAAGUCAAAACCAUGGAUCAUCCUUACAACCUUUUGGACAGUACAAAAGACUAUGAUGAUGCAGCUGUGCAUAAUGUUGAUGAACUUCUAGGUGAAUGGCAGGGCACUAUAGGUGCUAUAGAGGAGGUGAAUCCACUCACGAAAAAAAUCUGCUUUGAUGUGCAUAACUGUUACCCUGACCUCUCAAGGUCUGGGGAUGAAACUUCAAAGUCAAGCACAGAGCUAAGUUGGCCAUUCCUCCCAGAAGAUAAAACAGCUGGGAGUAAAAAGAGGAAAGACCCCUCACCCAAUAGUAAACGCAAAGCAAUGGAGGUGCACAGAGAUUGCGAGAGACAGAGACAUCAGAGUCUGAAUGAACGUGUGCAGCAACUUUCAGAGACAAUUCCAGGCUACGAUCCUUACAAGAAAGAAACAAAGAUUCAGCAGCUGGAGAAGAUUAUCAACUACAUUCUUUUUCUGGAAUCUGAUGUUCUGUCCUUGUGUAAGGAACUAGGCCUCACUUGUAACUUUCAACACAUGCUACUUACCCCACACAUCAGUAAUAGCAACCUAUCAGAAUCAGUUACAACAUUCACAGCAACUUCAGUCGACAAUACCACAACCCACAAUAAAGGUGCUAAUUUACACCACAAAUCGGACUCAACCAUGCACAACUGGAACACAACCCAGCAUAGUCAGGACACAACCAAACACAAGCAGAAGCACACUUCUCACAACCUUGAGUUUGGAUCUCUUGAUCCAACCACGCUGGAUGACACGAAAGAAUGCAAAUUCAUGUUGAGUCCAAUAAAAGCAGCCAAAAUGCCACACGGCCAACCAGUAUACUCCAGGAGUGCAAACGGGACCUCCAACGAUGUUAAAUAUCUUGGGAAGCACACAGUACAUGAAAUAGAUGGUCAUAAAUGUGUGGCUGUUCCCGGGGCUAAACACAAGAAGGUGUUCCUGAAAGCAAUGCCUCUGACAAGGAACAGGCCAGUAGAUGAUGGAAAUUCAGAAGGUCUCACUAUAUCUACCAGCCAGAUUUCAAAAAACGUUUCCAGUGAUUCUGACAGAAGGAUGACAUCUAUCACUUUAAGACAUCUGUUAAGCGAAGGGACUAACUCAGCUAACCAUCGUUACAUACACAACAAAUACCAAGUGUCAGGUCCAAUUACUGCAUCAACUGAUUGGUGUGAUGAUUCUCACCAGGAUUCACACUCUUCAACCAAUUGGUGUGAAAGCAGUCAACAAAGUUCACAAUCAACCGUGAUCGAACCAAUCAACUGGUGCGGAACUGGGAUAGACUUUCCGAUUGAACAUGGUGACAAUACAGAUGGUGAAAUUAAAACCAAAGAGACCACAACAGAGGGGCAAGUUCCAGAUAUCAUAGUUGCUGAUGGUCAAGCUCCAGAUGAGCAAGCAGUUCCAGAAUUAGAAUUCAUCAUAGCAGAUGAACAAUCAGGUGACCAUCAUGUACGUACAGGCAUUCCUCCAACUGAUACAACUGAUACAGAUCCUGGUCAUGGUGCUGAACAUCUUGGUCCGAAGCUCACAACUUAUGAGAAAGCCAUGAAAAGAUCAUGGGACUGUUAUUCUCAUGAAGUGAACCCACCCCAGAAGAAGCAGGAUACCACUCUAAGCCCAGAAUCUAUGAGUAAGCUAUUUAAAGCAAUAGAUGCUCAACAAAACAAGGCAAAUGUUCAACAAAACAAGUUGGAUAUUCAACAAAGCAAGCCAGGUAGUCAACAAAGCAAAGUGGAGAGUCCACAUAAUGAACUAGAUUGCCAAGAAAAUAACACUGAAGGUAAACAAAAUAACUUUGAAAUUCAACAAAACAAACUGGAAUGUCAAGCAAGCAACCUGAAAGAUCAACAAAACAGGUCUGAGCAAGCAUCAGUUACCAAAAUUAACAACAAUGAAGUCGGAAAAUCAUUGUCAACAGCACAUACCGUGUGUACACAAAAUAAGGAUCAAAUAGUACCAGCAAAAUGUUCAACUAUAGGGGGCGCCAUUUCGCCACAUGGAGCUAGCAGACGGAAGCAAUCGAUUCCUAUGAGAUCUCCGACUUCAGUUCAGAUAUCCCCCAUGAAAUCUCCCUUGACAUCAACAUCUCAAAAUGGAUGGAAACAAGUGAAAAAAUCAACAGGGCAGACAGUUAUUAAAUCACACAUGAAAUCACCCCAAGCAAAAUCACCUCCAACAAUGUCUAAGGAUUAUAAGUCACCAAACAAGCGUGUGCAGAUUCCAGUUAAGAAAUCGUUUAUACGAGUUAGGAAAUUUACACCUGUUAAAGCGAGACCAAGUGAUAAGAAAUCGCCACUCCGAUCCCCAUUGAGCACAAUAUCAAACAUGUCGCCAACAUCAUCAGGGAGUGAUAACUUGGUGAAACCACAUUGGUCCCCAAGAGUGUACACUAUAGGUAAAAAUAAGCUAACAUGUAUACCGUAUGGCUGGUGUCAGUAUGGGGGAGUUGUUCCAAAGAUUCAACAGCCCAUAACGCAUAAAGCCGCCAUGAAGCUGGAAUCCUCAGACUUCAAUACAGUUAUAGAAGAACAGGAAAGGCAACAAGAUGAGAGUCAAGAAAACAGUGUUCCUAUGGUAACAAGAGUUGAUCACAGAAAGACUUCCUGGAUGAAUGGUUUUAUGAUGUUUAGCAGACUCAACAGAACUAGAUUUGUACAAGAGAAUCCUGGAGUUCAUACUUCAAUUAUCAGUCGUAUAAUGGGCCAGGCUUGGAGGUCUAUGACAACAACAGACCAGCAGCCUUACAAAGAUAAAGCCAAGGUUUACACAAAGUAUCUUCAGAAGGUACAUCAUAAUGGAGCCCACCAAUCUGCUGUAGCAGCACCUGGCAUGUUGCAGCCACAUGUACCAGAUCUUCAAGCAAAGGCCACUGAACAUCAACUUAACAUCCCUGUUAAUCAGAUCAACCAGGUCCUGGACAAUCGGUCGAACAAUCAACCAUCUGCCUUGGACAAUCAAUCAACUGUCUUGAACAAUCAACCAUCUGCCUUGAACAAUCAACCAUCAACCUUGAACAAUCAACCAUCUGCUUUGAACAAUCAACCAUCUGCCUUGGACAAUCAAUCAUCUAUCCUGGACAAUCAACCCACUUAUGUAAAGGACAAAACUGACAGUCAGACAUCCAAUAUUAAAGCAAAACAAUGA